UAAUAUUUGAAAUCACGUGACACCACUUCAAGUGUUUGAGCUACCGCGCAAUGGUUGAUCUCAGAUGUCCUGACUACAUGAAUUACUUAUAUCGAGUACACAAUUUCCAGGGAGAAACUAAUACACAUAAGAAAGAGCCCUUCCCAAUCUCCCGAUUUCGGGAAAAUUUAUCUGUUUUGGGGAUACUGCUAUAAAUAAUUUUUGGGAAAAUAUUGCAAAAACCUCAAAAUUCCUUAAGAAUAGGGGGACUUAGCAUUUAAUUCAUUAAUUCCCGCGAACCCAAUCUUUAUUUUUGUAGUUUCUCCAAUAGUUCAAUAGUCUCCCCCAAAGUUUUGGUGAAUUUUCGCAGAUCUGGUGAAAUUUUCGGGUUUUCUUGCUGUUUUCUCAAAUUUUUUUUAGUGGCUUGCCCAUAAUGGGUGAAAUUUUUCUUGAAAUUAGGUGAUUAGGUACGUAAACCUUCCUACAUAGACUUGGAUUUUGCUCUUAUGUUCUUAAGUUAGAAUCUAAGUGUAUAAAGCUUUGUAAUACUCAUCAUAUCUCAGAGCACAAAGUUUUUUGUUAAAUUAAGUGUGUGAAACCAUAUGUUCAUAGUAAAUAUACUCAUUGAGGACAAAUCCUGUAAAUGGUGUUUAUGGACUAUCAGCAUGUUAAUCGUACCUAUUUAAGAUUUUUCCAAGUGUUACUGUUUUUAAGACUUCAGCUUUUCGAAAAAUUGAAAUGGUGCUGAAAUAGCUUCAAAAUGGAGCUCUCUCGGCGUGAUCUGUUUGUAUCAUUUUACGUUCGGCUCCCUACAACAUUGCACUUGUGAUGUUGGUUCGUUUAUAUUGAGUCGUUGGUUGGAAACAAUACAUAACACGUCGGGUUCGACAAAGCGUCUCGAAGUGUGUAACAUAUUGGCAACCUAUUUGCGGGGUGUGGCCUCCUUAGUAAACUACUUCCGGUUUGGGCGAUCGGGCAGUAUCCCAGCCCUCACACAAACCGGAUGUUUUGUGUGGUGCAUAUAUAUUUGGUGCCUCCUUGUACCAAUAUUUGUGCAUUUAAACAAAUAGAAUAAAACGAUUACGUAACAGCCAACGUUUUUUAUAGCAUUCGUGUUUUGUAGGACUUAUUAAUACGUUUUCUUUUUGUUAAAUGCAGAAAAUAGAUCCUAACUCAAUCUCAGGUGAAAUGGCAGAAUUGUCUGAUUAUACUAUAGAGGCACUUGAGUUGUUUAAACGGAAAUUAACUACAUACAUAGAAGCUGUGGAUAAAAUGGUUAGUGCAGCUGAAGAGUCUCUAAAUUUUGACUUCCAUGAGAAGUUACCGUCAGGCACUUACUGAAAAUCAAUGUAGACAAGACGUCCAGAUGUUUAUGUAUUAGCCUGAUUUCCGUGAACUGUUUCACAAGAUAGUAUUGUGCAGUUUGUAUUAUUAAAGACGUAGAAUAAAUUCUAAAUUAAAAAUAAAAGUUUUCCAGUUUAA